UUGGGCAAGCAGAAUCAAUGGGAAUCAAAAAACCAUGCUAUGAAGCACAAUCGCUUUCUAAUUAAUUUUUUACUUCUUUCUUUCUUCUUGGUUUUCUUUAACUGAGUUUUGAGUUCACGGUUCUGGCAUCUGAUUAAGUUGCUUUGCAUAAUAAACCCUUGAACGUGUCUUUCAGCACAUCAUUUUAUCACUGAGUCUUGAUAUAACGGGGCUCCUUUAGCUGCCUUAGCACUGAUUGCUUUUACCUUUUCAAUUGUAGCUUCAUUAAUGUACUGACUCCCAAAGGCAGAGCUUCCUGCCAGUUCAAGUUAUCAAACGUCUUUUCAUCGCAGACUCGAAAGACAUCUUCAAACUUCUUAACACCAUCCUUAAAACGAAAGCUGGAAAUAUUUUCCGAAAAAUCACACAGUCAGUCAGGGCGAUAGGCCGGUUCCAAAUAAGUUAGGCAGAAGAACCACAAAAGAUUCGGUGCUGUUACGUUUUCUUAUUUGGGUAUUGAUCACAGUACCCUGGGUGCAAAAGGAAUUAUUUUCCCAAGCUCACACAUCGCCACACCUUGGAAAAAAUUCCUCUUGCAUUCCUCAUAACCCAGAUAACUUUUUCUUGUUCUUUUUCCUCGACCAGUGGGUUUUCUGUUUAUUUAAGGAAACUUUAGAGAUUUUGACCAUUUUUUAACACCUUCAUGCGCUAAGGUGAAUUGCCUCUUUGACUUUACGUAUUAUUAGAACCUCUUAUUUAUCUUCUACUCAGGAGAGGGAUUGCUGUCGGAAUUAAAUUCUUUCUUCAGAGUUUGAUCGGCGAAAAGGUGGGAGGGCAUAAGUGACAAAAUGCUCAGCUUUAAUGUCGAGGUGGGUCAAACUUUGUAACUAAAAAGUAAGUGAAAAGUACAAGUAAAUGCCUGGUAGAGCGAUCUAAAUGCCAGUCUAGACCGGAUUAGCUGAAUUUCGUGGUUCUCAGUCCUUGCGAGACGCGGCCAUAUAGCAACACGGGUCGUAACACGGCAGUUUUAGGUAGUUUGCCCAAUAGUCCACUGGACAAAACUAUGGUAUAAAAUAAAAACUCCGCGUGUCAAUCUUCCGCAAAGGACAUUUUUAUAAUGCAUGGCGUCUCUCUCCUCUGCAGAGGCCUCUUUCGUGCUGCCUUGUUGACCGUAGGCUGGUAGUUCGGAGGCUGGGGACAAGCUUCUGCCGAGGAGAGAGGUCGAACGAGGAAACAACCAAUGACCGCAUGACACUCAGUGGUUGUCAGUAAUCAUUUGAUCAGCUUUCAGAAAAGUUACCAUUAUCGAAAGGUCUGUGAUCAAUGUACUAAUGAUAUUGGACUUUUAUACUCUAUCUUCAAGUUCAACCGUGGCGCGAAAUUUCACGAAAACUAAAUACAGUUGGGAAAGUGAUAAAUCUGACAAUGAAUAAGCUUAGAAACGAUAUGUGAACAUAUGUAGGUUGAUGAAAUACCUGUCUCGGCCGAUCCUUGACUAUCGUGCCGAGAGCGUCCUGUCAAAGGGCAUGUUUUUAUUCAACGCGUUGUUUUACGAUUUGAUUCGCCUUUUAAUAAGCAAUUUAAAAUAAUAAGAGUUUCUAAUACUAUAGUUUCUUGGUAGUUUACCUUGGGCGUCAGCAAAGUAUUUUUCUUCCCUAACUUUUCAAUGUUCUUGGCGAUUAAUACAGUAUUUGUUAUUUACGAUUUUAACGCGUGACUAACAUGUAAAAAUCAUCAGGUCAGGUCACACUUUAGUGCGAGUGAGCAGCGAGGAAUAAAUAAACCGUAUUCUGGACCUUAUAAAUGAUUGUGGCACCAUAUGAUAUAUAUGAUUAUCAUCGUUGAAGCUAAAGGUUUAAUUACGUGUAUUAAAAUCGACGAGAACAGGUCACGCUUCCGAACAUAGUUCAAUUUCACAGCAUGGACGCGUUUUUCGAGGCGAAUUUCUCCGACUUGGCCAACGAACCAACACUUCUAGGAAACACGCUAAAUCACUCAAGUAUUGCAAAGGGAAGCUUAAAUAAGGCCUUAUCUACCACGACAGCUUCACUGUCAAUAGCUGGAACGUUGGCAAUAUUUGCUACCUUCUGGAUGUGGCCUGAUUUGAGAACGAAUUCACGCCGAAUGAUCGUGUUUAUAUCUGUUGGCGAUUUUUUAGUAGCUGGAGCAAAUAUUGUAGGCCUAUGGGGAACCAGUCCAGGGCCAAGCGUCGGUUGCCGAAUUCAAGCAGCAGUCGGAGCGAUCGCCCUUCUAUUUUCUUUCUUCUGGACCGUCUAUUUGUCGUUAUAUUUUUAUUUGAUUAUCUGCAGAGGGAUUUCAUUGGAACGGGAAAAGCGGGUCUUAAGGUUAUUUCACGUGACGGCAUUGGGAAUUCCUCUGACGAUUGCAAUGAUAUGCUUAGCGUUGGAGGGAUUUGGGUAUGCAGGAAACGUGUGUUCAUCUGGCUGGUGUUGGAUCUCAAAUGAUCAAGCCUGGUGGAUGAUGGUGUUAUGGAUGUGCGUUACUGGAAAGGCAUGGGAAAUGAUAGCUUAUAUUACCAUUCCUAUAUUCUACGUGUUGGUGAAGACGCACAUACGGCGACAGGUGAGCGCUGGAUUUUUGCCAGGCAGUCCUUUUAUAACAGUGAGAUCUGUGGAGGUAGCAAAGAGGGCAGAUCAAAAGUUAAUACUCAUUCCUGUAGUCUUUAUACUGGUGCACAUCUGGGGGACUAUAAGGUUUUUCCGCUUUCUAGCUUGUUUGCCAGAUUGUCAGAACACUGGUCCCAGCCAUGCCCUGCAAGUCCUCGUCAUACUUCAGGGCAUUGGAGACAACAGCCAGGGUUUUGCCAAUUUCCUCCUGUUUUGCUUCUUUUCUAAGAAGAUAAGAGAAAGGUUCCAGCAACUUUGUGGUCGUCACCAGCGAAUUUUUUUCAACUCUGUAGAGGAAGAUCCACUGCUUCGGAGUACAAAUUCGUAUGGUAGCAUAGAUUAUAAAUAAAUUUACUCUAAUUUUUUUAGGUUGUUUUCUAAAAAAAAAAUCGAAAACAUUGUC